ACGAACUACAAAAGUAUUUCACGAAAUAUUAAACAGGAUUUAUCUGACUCAGUCAACUAAAUGGGAUUCUACAAUCUCUUUCCAGCAGCGAAAAGUUUCAAUCUUUUUGCUUGAUAGGAUAGCGUGUGCAAAUGGUUGAAGUUUCCACGCACAAACCGACCUAAGUGUUGGGAAGAAAAUUCAACACUGCUUUCUCCUCUACUUGAGAUAUGCAUAUAAAUAAGUAGUACAAACGAGUUGAAGAUAGCAAGUUUGGUUCCAAUCAAGCAGCGUAUCAAAUGAUGCAGAAGAUUAUUAUGAUUGAUCUUUUCUAUAUUUUCCUUUCUAUUUCUAUAGCGCAAACAAACUGGGUUAGGGUUGGUUAUUACUGGUAUUCAAUUUACAAGUUCCCCGUUUCGGAGAUAGAUUCUUCUCUCUUCACCCACAUAAUUUGUGCUCAUACCGCUGUGAAUUCCUCCUCCUACCAGCUUUCUUUAUCAUCAGCUGAAGAAGAAAACCUGUCUACCUUCACACUUACUGUGAAACAAAACAACCCAUCUGUCACUACACUGCUAUCCAUUGGGGGUAGAUAUGCAAAUUAUUCAACCAUUUCUUCAAUGGUAAGCAAUUCUUCUUACAGGAAAUCUUUCAUCGAUUCCUCGAUAAGAAUAGCCCGACGCUACGGCUUUCAAGGCCUUGAUUUUGCUUGGAUUUAUCCAAACACAACCUCUGAUACGUUCAAUAUGGGUGUUCUAUUUAAAGAGUUGAAAGCAGCUGCUGAUUUAGAGGCGAAACACUCCAACCAGUCACAACUAAUCUUGACGGCUGCCGUUUAUUAUUUGCCAGCGGUAUUCUCAGAAAGUUACCCCAUCGAGAUGAUACAACAAAAUUUGGAUUGGGUCCAUGUUUUGUCCAAUGAAUUUACUAGUCCUCUCAAGAGCAACUUUACCGGUGCUCAUGCAGCUCUGUAUAAUCCUAGUAAUUUAUUUGAUACAAAUUAUGGCAUAAGAGAAUGGAUCAACGGAGGAUUAUCAGCUAAUAGAAUUGUUUUGGGUUUGUUUUUCUAUGGCUAUGCAUGGACGCUCAAGAACCCGAAGGACAAUGGUAUCGGUGCAGAAGCAACUGGAGCUAUCAUUAAUAAACCGCUUGGAGGAGGAGUAACCUAUAGGGAAAUCAAGAAUUACAUUGAGGAUCAUGGUCGAGAUGUUCCUGUAAAGUACAAUUCAACUUAUGUGGUGAAUUACUGGUCAAAGGGAACCACUUGGAUUGGUUUUGACGAUGUUGAGGCCAUUAGAACUAAGGUUUCUUAUGCCAAGGAGAAAAAACUGCUUGGCUACUUUGUGUGGGAAGUCGCCUUUGAUUUUAACUGGGCUCUUUCUAAAACUGCAGCUGAAGUGGAGAUAAAAGAUUCCUCAGUUCAGGUGGAUAAUGAAAGUAGAAAUAAUAAAAAGAGGUCUUCGUUAGUAAUCCCUUUGUCUACAACAGCUGCUGUUGCUCUCCUAAUAGGAAUAUUUUUUACGUUUUACUGCUGGAGAAGAAAUCAUAAACUAAAAGCAUCAUCUGCUGGAGAAUUUAGCUCCAACAUUCCUAGUCUGACAGAAUAUACAUUGGCGGAGAUAGAGGCAGCAACCAAUGGAUUUUCAAUCGAAAAUAAGCUUGGACAAGGAGGAUAUGGCCCUGUUUAUAAGGGAAUAUUGCCAAAUGGAGAGGUAAUUGCAGCGAAGAAACUUUCAAAAACAUCCACCCAAGGAUUUGAGGAAUUCAAGAAUGAGGUUAUGCUUACUGCCAAGCUCCAACAUGUAAAUCUUGUCCGAGUUUUGGGUUUUUGCAUUGACAAGGAAGAACAAAUACUCGUCUACGAAUACAUGGAAAACAAAAGCUUAGACUUUUACCUUUUCGAUCCCAUGAGACGGCUUAUUCUGGAUUGGAAAAAACGUGUGCAUAUUAUUGAAGGAAUUACUCAAGGGCUUUUAUAUCUUCAAGAAUAUUCAAGGUUAACUAUCAUUCAUCGAGAUAUAAAAGCAAGUAAUGUGUUAUUAGACGGAGAAAUGAAUUCCAAAAUAUCUGAUUUUGGAAUGGCCAGAAUAUUUGUCAAAGAUGAUCUUGAAGCAAACACAAGUCAUAUUGUUGGAACAAUUGGUUAUGUUCCUCCUGAAUAUGCUCUAAGAGGCAUAUACUCUACCAAAUCCGAUGUUUAUAGUUUUGGGGUUUUACUUCUGCAAAUCAUAAGUGGCAAAAGGAUUUCCCUUUUAUAUGGUUCAAAUGAAAGUUUAAGUCUUCUAGACUAUGCAUAUGAGUUGUGGAAUCAUGGUAAAGCCAUGGAAUUCAUGGAUGAAACACUAGACGAUACAUCUUUGUCAUGUAAAUUGACGAGAUGCUUGCAUAUAGCUUUGUUGUGUGUCCAAGAAAAUCCAAUGGAUAGGCCAUCUAUGCUAGAAGUUUUCUUCAUGCUCAAAACUGAAAUGUCAGAUAUGAUGAUUCCAAAAAGACCUGCCUUCUCAAAACAGAAUGAAUCUACAGUAGUACACUUGAAAGGUCAUUCGGGGAGUCCUUCAUCAAUUAAUGAUGUAACAGUUUCAAAUGUUUCCGCUAGGUGAAUUACAAAUAUUAUUGUGUCUGCAAUAUGGCAAGUUGGACCUGAUCAAACCCUUCUUGCUUUUGUUUUUUUUUUUAAAUAAAACUAUAUAUAUCUAAUUUUAAAUAUUUAAUUAAUUAUUUAAAUAAUAUAUUAUCAUUAUUACGAAACAUAAUUUUGUAUUUCGUGUUAACUAAUGAAAUAAUUACUUGUUGGAAUGUUGUAAUUGUUGCAAGCACAAAAAAAAAGGCAAUUUUCCACAAGUCUUUGAGAAUUUUUCAGUAAGUGCAGUAAAGAAGAAGGCCAAGACCUUUACUUACUAAUGAUAGUCAAAGACAUUGACUUAAAAGGAAGUGCUGGAGAUGUCCUGGAAGAUGAUCCUGUGGGGAGGCUUGAAGUUUACAUUUAUGAACUUCCAAGCAAAUAAAAUAAGAAGCUUCUGCAAAAAGAUCCCAGAUGUCUCACUCAUAUGUUCGCGGCUGAGAUUUUUAUGCACAGAUUUCUUUUAUCCGGUGCUGUCAGGUCAGGACUCUGAAUCCUGAGGAGGCUGAUUGGUUUUACACCCCUAUUCACUUGUGAUCUCACCCCCACGGGCUUGCCAUUGCCAUUUAAAUCUCCCAGGAUGAUGAGAAGUGCUAUACAACUUAUCUCCUCAAAUUGGCACUUCUGAAGGGGCUGACCAUUUCCUUGUUGUGCCUCAUGACUUUGGGGCUUGCUUCUAUUAUCAGUUAUCGAAACUGCCAUCCCCAUCACAAUUGCCCGAUGAAGUUGUGAUUUUUGGUUAGCAUUGUGCGGGAAGAGAAAGCCAUUGAAAGGGGAAUUCUUCCAUUACUCCAGCGUGCUACUUUGGUCCAGGCUUUUGGGCAACGCAAUCAUGUGUGCUUGAAUGAGGGCUCUAUCACAAUUCCUCCAUAGGCACCACCACAAAAAAUGCAGGCUCACCAGAUUCAGCCAGAUACUCCGCGCUCAAUCUUCGUCUACUUCCGCGGUUUGUUUUAUGAUGUGAAUAAUGAUCCAGAAGGAGGUUAUUAUGCAAGAGGAGCAAGGGCAGCUGUGUGGGAGAAUUUAAAAAAAAAAAAAAAAGAAAACCUAUUUGACAUCUCUAGUGAUCAUCCAACAACAUAUUACGAAGAUAUGCAGCAAUCGAUCUUCUGCUUGUGUGGUUAACCAAAAAAAGAUCGUCUGCUUGUGCCCUCUAGGGUGGGUGCCUUGGACUCCAGGGCUUGUCAAGGCAGUAGUCUUCGGUUGCAUCCCUUUAAUCAUCGCAGACGAUAUCGUACUACCCUUCGCAGAUGUCAUCCCCUGGGAAGAAAUUGGGGUAUUUGUGGCGGCGGAAGAUGUGCCUAACUUUGACGCAAUCUUCACAUCCAUACCAACAGAAACUAUUCCUAGGAAACAAAGGCUUUUGGCAAAUCCUUAGAUGAAACGCGCUAUGUUGUUCCCUCAACCGGCGCAAUCUGGCGACGCCUUUCACCAAAUUUUGAAUGGUUUGGCACGCAAACUGCCUCACAACAAGAUUGUCUACUUGAGAGUUGAAACCUGGUGAAGAGAUUUUGAAUUGGACUGCAGGGCUGUUGGAGACUUGAAACCUUGGUAAUGGUAGUGAAUGUAUGGUCUUUGUAAGGUUUGUUUAGUGUUUAAACUUGGUUUUGUUUAGUUUGCCCAUUGGAUUUAUACCAAAAUUUGCAUUUGUAGAGAUUAUUAAACUAUACAAAUGCAUAAUUGUAUAGUUGAUGAAUAGCAAUUUUGUACAUUCAAUAAAACUAUGUGUAUAAUUUUAUACACAAAUAAUGAUA